AUGUACAAUUCAAUAAGUUCAAGCUUCCAAAGUCCUAGCGACCCGGAUAUUCGUGGAAUGCUUCCUUCGUUGUUUACCUCUGGCUUGGGCGUUGCGGCGAUUGGAGGCAAUAAGAUGACCUCGCCGGACAUGCUACGUACACAAAAUCCACAAGAGCCAGAAGGGAGAGCCGCACAAUACUUUAAGCAACAGCUGGCGCUUGUUGCAAGUAUGAUAUUGCAGGUGGUGAUGAUAUUCGGCGACAUUGUUGCGGUAGACUUUACGAGGGGUGUAAUGCACAAUUCUAACAGAAGCAAUCUCUGGAUCCUGGCGUUUGUAGCUAUCGUUGCAGGAUUGAUCUACGUGACCCUAGUUGAAAAGGCUGACCCAUGCUUUCAAUUUGGUCCGAACAGGCUUGUAUCGCUGGCAACUGCUGUUGCCGAUGCCAUCCAAUUCUUUGACAACCGGCGCAAACACGAUCGCCGAUACGACGAUAGAGAGAUUAUCAUCGGUACUUACACUGACGAACCAUCAAGAGACGAAGAACGAUCAGAGUAA